CUGCGUCGCGUCAGUUCUUGUGAAUCUCGUCAGAAAGUGAAAGAUCGCAGGGCGAUGUUGUGGAGGAUCAGUCGCAGUUAGAUUCGUGUGAAACAAUCGCUUUUAUUCGCGCACACUUCCAUACAAAUUUAAUCGUCACGCACCGAGAGAUGGGCAAUCGAGUAGUUCGCGAGGACUUUGAGUGGGUUUAUACAGACCAGCCUCACGCGGAUCGCAGAAAAGAGAUUCUGGCUAAAUAUCCAGAGAUCAAGUCCCUGAUGGGGCCUGACCCCAGGCUGAAAUGGAUAGUCUCUAUGAUGGUUGCUGUCCAGUUUUUGGCCUUCUUCUUGGUGAAAGACCUGCCCUGGAAAUGGGUGUUUUUCUGGACAUAUGUAUUUGGAAGUUGUUUAAACCAUUCAAUGACUCUAGCUAUUCACGAGAUCUCUCAUAACGCUGCUUUUGGUAACAUCCGUGCAAAAUGGAACCGCUGGUUUGCCAUUUUCGCCAAUCUUCCUGUCGGGUUGCCCUACUCUGCAUCCUUUAAGCGCUACCAUCUGGACCACCAUCGCUACUUGGGUGGAGAUGGUGUGGAUGUUGACAUACCCACCGAUUUUGAGGGCUGGUUCUUUUGCAAUCGUUUCCGCAAGCUUAUCUGGAUAAUGUUUCAGCCACUGUUCUACGCCGUCCGACCGUUGUGCAUCAACCCAAAACCUAUAAGUCAACUGGAGCUGGUUAAUGUGGCUAUACAGCUCACUUUUAAUGUCCUCCUCUAUUGGAUCUGGGGAGUUAAGCCCGUGGUGUACAUGAUGAUGGGGUCAUUGUUAGGGAUGGGUCUUCAUCCCAUUUCAGGACACUUCAUUGCAGAGCACUAUAUGUUCCUCAAAGGCCAUGAGACAUAUUCCUAUUAUGGAUCACUCAACCUGCUCACUUUUAAUGUUGGCUACCACAAUGAGCACCAUGAUUUCCCCAGCAUUCCAGGAUGCCGACUACCAAUGGUGAAGAAAAUAGCAGCAGAAUACUACAAAGAUCUUCCGUGUUACACAUCAUGGGUGAAGGUUUUGUAUGACUUCAUCAUGGACGAAGACCUCAGCCCGUAUUCACGUGUGAAGAGAAGACUCACCGGAGAUGUGAAACAAGAGUAACACGCUUAUCACUGGACACCAUUUCUGCUCAUCCUUUUAUAUGCUAACUUGACUGUGAAAGAAUAAUCACAGACAUUUUUAUUUUCACCCUCAAUGAUAGAAAAACAAUGUUUUUAGCAAAUUUGCAGAUGAAUUUUAAUUCGAAGAUAUUUUGUUCUAUUUCACUUGGGUCCAGCCUAAAGGUCUGUUUCUUAAUUGCUUUAAUUGUGCAAAUGUUUUAACUCUUUUAUAGAUUCUAUGAUAAUAUUUUCCUCAUUUUGGAGUCUUUAAAGUGACAAAUAUAAAGAUUGGAAAAAGUCACACUCAUCUUGUUUUUGGCAUUCAAGUGAGUCAGGGUUAUCUGUGGCUCUCCUGCCAUGCAGAGAGAGAGAGUAUAAAGUGCUAUUAAGCAGGUGUGUGUAAUUCAGCUGUCUGCAAAAUAUAAUUUGCAUCUUAAUCCUACAGACCUGGGUACAUCCUAAAGACAUGAAUUAACAGACCAAAUGAUUCUCUUCAGUUCAUUUUGUUGUAAAAUGUAUAAAAAAUUCUGAAGAACUUCAAUAUCACAUCCCAACUGUGCAUAAAACUGAUAAUGUAAUGUCCUAUUAAUCCGACUCAGUGAAGUCCAAUUGUUUGGCAUAAAGUUCUUGUGUUUUUGAGAGUUUUUUUAUGGCUUCACCAUAUCCCUUUAUUUCAUUAAAAAUGGCAUACUUUGGUUAACAAUGAAGUUAAGUACUGAGUAUGUAUUUUGUAUGUCACAUGUAUCAACACAAAUGCCUUAUUAAAUUACAGAUGGUUUAAUAAAUGUUGUUGUGAUUUUA